AUGGCCAUAACGAACCUCGAACAUGAUCGUGAACUCUUUGAGUAUACUUCUGGAAGAUGGCUCUACAACGAAUCUCUCCGCUUAGCCGAGAGACGUUUAGUGUUCAACGUCGAUGAACUCAAGAAAGCGGCCGCCAAUGCCAUGAACAUGUCAGUGUCUGAUAUCGCCAACUUUUCCAAGCUUGCCGAAGGUGGCUUCAACCGCGUCUUUGAAAUCUCGAUGAAGGAUGGGUCAUCUAUCCUCGCACGUCUUCCGUAUCCUUCAACAAUACCCCGACGACUAGCUGUAGCAAGCGAGGUCGCAACAUUGGAUUUCGUUCGCGCCCAAGGAGUCCCCACACCUCGCGUCCUAGGAUAUUCCGUCGACGAUAAUCCGGUAGGUUCCGAGUAUAUUCUGAUGGAGAAACUGCCGGGAAGGCCUAUAGGGGAUGCAUGGUAUGAGCUUUCCGAGAAAGAUAGGCUCAAAGUUCUAUUCAAGACGGUGGAAUUCGAAGCAAAACUGUUUGCCGCAAAUCUACCUGCCAGUGGGAGCAUAUACUACGCUCGAGACCUUCCCCCUUCGAUUCAAAAAGUGGACAUCCCUGGAUCCGCCGACGGGCUGUGUAUCGGACCUUACGUUUCUGAAGAAUGGUGGUUUGGUGAACGUGGACAGCUUAGAAUUGACCGGGGUCCUCAUGACGACUCUCUUGUUGUCCUUCGCAGCCCUGCCGGAAAGGAGUUGGCAUGGAUUCGCGCAUUUGGUCGGCGUCGCUUCCCGUUCCAACGCGCGUAUAGAGAGACCUUGGAUUAUAAGAAACAGGAUCCAGAAGAUCAUAAGAAGUCACUGAAAGAGUAUAUCGCCCUCGCCGAAUAUCUUAUCCCAAAGGAGACUCAGCUAAAUCAGCCUGUCCUCCGCCACCACGACCUCCAACCCAAUAACAUCUCCAUCUCCGAAGACUUCGACAUAACCGGUAUCAUCGACUGGCAGCACUCUACGGUCUUGCCAACCUUCCUAGCGGCCGGCAUUCCCAAAUACUUCCAGAACUACGACGACGAGGAGUCGCAGAUUUUUUCCCCGCCGAAAUAUCCAGCCGGACUAGAGACAAUGGAGGAAGACGAUCGUGCCGCUGCACUGGAGCAGUUUCGUCGUCGACAUGUACAUUUCUUUUAUCUGGGUUUUACUCAGCGGAUGAACGAGCCCCAUUGGCGUGCGCUGGAACAGGCUGGCGAGCUCCUGAAACGUCGAAUUUUUACUGACGCUGGGAAUCCCUGGGAGGGGCUCAACACGCCACUACAGCUGGAUAUAUUGAAUCUCGUUCGAAACUUGUCGGAAAUCGCCACGGCCAAUACGGACGGCACUACUCCGACCUGUCCUGUCUUGGAUGAGGCACUGCGUGAAGUGGAUUCGACCUUGGAAACGGUCAGAAGUGCGAUUGGAAUAAGCUCUGAUGGGUGGAUGCCUAAUGAGAGAUACGAAGCGUCCAAAGCAAUGGCUAAAUGGGUCAAGGAGCGAGGGCUGGCUGAGGCAGAUGGUGAUCCCUGGCUGAAAGAGAUGUCUGAACGGCAUUGGCCUUUUGAUGACCAUGAUGAGGAGGAGUGAGGGGAGGAGUUGCUACGAUGUCGAUUUUCUAAGGCACAUGAGGUUCAGAGUACCCUGGGAAUGAGACCAACGUCGUCCUCUGGGAUAUAUACGGCAGUAACAAACCCAGUGCCGAUUCUCGCUCUAGUGGGAUAUUUACCACGCAACAUGAUGAUCGGUAUUGUCAUCUUACGUGAUGAGAUUCUCCUCGAUUGUUUCUAUGGGAGAUUUCCCUAGUAUUCUUCUGUACGAGACGGGCGGAACGGUACGGGAGCUCUGAUGGAAACCCUGGAUUGGAAAACAAGACAUGUUAUUAUA